AUGAAGGUUCGAACAUUUAAAUAUGAGUCACUUCCUACUCCGACAUCGAUCCGAGUAGUCACACUACUCCAUGGCGAGUCCGAAAUUACCGUGUUUGGGGUACCCCUUAUCCCACUAUCUAUACAAAUUGUCGACCUCAACGACAACCCACGCUUCCAGGCUUUAUCAUAUACUUGGGGAUCACCAUUUCCACCUGAACUGGAGAGGUCCAAGAAUUAUGGCCCAAAGAACAAAUUCCCGGUUGCCAUCAACGGACAACUAUCCUUCUUGACUAGGAAUUUAUUCGAGUUUCUGCAGCGUCUGAAGACCGAGAAAUUAAACGUGGAUCGGCGUACCAAGCCAUAUAACAAAACCCGUCUAAUCGAGGCAGCCGAAGCUGGCAGCGUGAAUGAUGUGUACUUUUGGAUGGCCCGAGGCGCGGACCUGGCGGCGCAAGACAUGUUUGGAGAAACGGCUCUACAUUACGCCGCUGAGAAUGGGUAUUUUGAAGUCGUCAAGAUACUUGUAGAGGCUGGUUCGGAUGUGCAGCGACGGGACUCCUCCAGGCGGACACCUCUUGAUUGUGCGAAGAUGCGUAAGCGUCGAAAAUAUGCAGAGGUUAUUGAAUACUUGGAGCGACCUGAUAUCCACCAGAUAGUUGGGAGUAAGCCACGGCCACUCUCUCCGAUGGAUAGUCAACAGUUUUGGAUUGAUGCGAUAUGUAUUAAUCAAGAUGAUAUCGCGGAGCGUAACGCGCAAGUAGCCAUCAUGUCCAUGAUCUACACGAAAUCAUCGGGUGUAUUUGUCUGGCUGGGUGUGGAUGAUGAGAGCACUAUGCGCGCCGCCGAAGCCACACAUCUUCCAUCUCAGGAAGGUAUGGACAUGUGGUACAACGAUGUGCUGAACAAUCAUGUUAUGGAGGACCCGGAGACGCGCGUUGCAAAACAAGGAUCUAAUGAGGCUGCCUUAAAAUACCAAGCGGUUGUGAAUUUGUUCCGACGAACCUGGUUUCAGCGUGUGUGGAUCAUUCAAGAGAUCGCGUUGGCCAAGCAGAUUCGGAUUUUCUGCGGUCGCGUCGAGUUUGAAUACCACAAGUUAUUUAAUCUGUUUCACAAUCCUAAUUUCACUUCUCAUGUUACCAGCCGGUCUCUGUCCCAAGCCCUUGAGUUGGCCCGGUGGAAGGGAAUUGGAGGGAGUGAAUUGAGUACCUUGACUGAUAUUCGACUCCGGACAUCCAAACAAGUCUUUGAAAGACGGGUGAUGGAUGAGUAUGUGAAGAAGAAUGGCAUCACGCUGGUCUCUACAUGGGAGCACAAAUUGAGUCUUUCGCUGCUGGCUAGUAAGGUUUGGUCUUUUCGAGCGACUGACCCGAGAGACAAAGUCUUCGCUUUAAUAGGUAUAUCCCGGUUGCCAGAUGACCCUAAAAAGAGGAUAGUUGCCGAUUACUCCAAGUCUACAUCUGAAGUAUUCAUCCAAUUUGCCAAAAUAUUCAUGCAGGGAGCCCCCGAUGAGCCGCUGCAGACGUGGCACACGGGGGAGUGUGAGGUUUUCGAGUGUCUUGAAGGCCUGUCCUUCGUACAGGAGAGUCCAGAUGUCUCUCGUACUUUCAAUGGUCAGGAAUUGCCAUCGUGGAUCCCCAACUUCACUGCUCCUCUUAUAACCACACGUCUGUGGUCACCACGCUUCCGAGCAGGUGUUAGCCCAGAUACCCCAGCUGUGAUUCUUCCCGACGACGACGCUCAUACCCUGCGACUGAAUGGUAUCUUCCACGACGAGAUAGUUAGUGUGGAACCUCAAAUCGGCACAUCAACAGCUACAUCCUUCCGUCCGCCAAACUGGCUAGAACUGAUCUUAUCCUUGGACAAAACUUACCUCCCUACUGGGGAUAACCGUGUUGAGGCACUUUGGCGUACCUUGAUGACGAACAAGCUAUCAUCAACCUCAGACAACCCGGUCCAAGAUGCCAGAUCCUCCUUUCGCUUUUUUAUACAAAAGGCUCUCUGGAGUCUCACGCAUAAAUCGGAUAAAGACACCAUCACUAAUCUCAAUCUCAUCCGCGAAACCGAUGAUAACAACACAUUACCGACUUGGGAGGAGGUUCAACAAUACGGAGAAAAGGAUGAAGUGGGAAAACCUCGGGGAAGGGUCAGGAUUGAUGACCGUGAUUUUGACCAGACGUUUGUCCAUUUCUAUCGAGGACGAUUGCUUUAUCGAACUAAACGGGGGUACCUCGGGCUUGGUCCCUGGUCUGUGCAGCCUGGGGAUGAGGUAUGGGUGACUGCUGGGGCACGAACGCCGUUUAUUUUGAGAAAGCCCUCGAGCGAUGAUUCUUCGAGGACAGAGAGACGAAGUUUGGUCGGGGAAACGUAUGUUCAUGGGAUUAUGGAUGGAGAAGCGAUUUCUGGCGGUCAGACCUUUCAGCCUGUCUCUCUUGUUUAG